AUGUCCAGGAAACUUUUCUCUCUCGCCUACUUGGCUGUUGUACUGGUCAGUGUCGCAGGUCAAAUCCUUGGCCCGACCAGUACCAUGACGGUCUCGAACAUUGACGCGAGCCCUGACGGUUUCAAUCGCCCCGUCGUUGCUGUAAAUGGCCAACAUCCUGGGCCCCUUGUACGGGCGAACAAGGGUGACAACUUCCGAAUCAACGUUGUCAACGACCUUAAUGAUCCCACUAUGCUUCGGCAGACGAGUGUGCAUUGGCACGGAGUGUUCCAGCACGGCACAGCCUGGGCAGAUGGCCCCGACGGAGUCACUCAGUGCCCGAUCGCUCAGAACGGAGAGUCGUUUGAGUACAGGUUCAAUGCUGGAAAUGAAGCUGGCACAUUCUGGUACCACUCUCAUUUCGGAACCUUUACGAUGGGAAGACAUUCUGACAAUUAUCCUAUCGCGGACCUUCAGUUGACAAUGACUGGUAAGAUUAGUAUCCAGUACAACCGGUGUUCUUUCGUUAACCACGAGUCUAGGUACCACCUACAGGCACCCUCUAUUGAGGGGCCUGCGCUUUCCGACGCGACCUUGAUCAACGGCAAAGGUCGACGCCCGGGAGGACCAGAGACUGACAUCGCAAUCGUCAACGUCCAACGGAACCGGCGCUACAGAUUCCGACUUGUGUCAAUGUCGUGCGAUCCCAACUACAAGUUCUCCAUUGACGGACACAAGUUGACUGUCAUCGAAGCUGACGGACAGUUGACCGAGCCUCUCAUGGUCGACGAAAUCCAGAUCUUCGCAGGUCAGCGCUACUCAUUUGUCCUCAGUGCGAAUAGGCCUGUCGGAAAUUACUGGAUCCGUGCGAUCCCCAACGUUGGAAGCAACAAUCUCCCAAAUUUCUCUUCUGGAGGUAUCAACUCGGCGAUUCUGCGCUAUGCUGGCGCUCCCAAUGCCAAUCCCACCAGCACUCCUGUCACUAACCCCGUUGCGCUUCACGAAUCCAACCUCCAUGCCCUCUUGAACCCUGGUGCCCCAGGAGGAAGUGGUCCGGCCGACGAGAACAUUGUGCUUCAGAUGGGCCUUGGACCUGCCGGCUUCGAGAUCAACGGUGUUACCUGGGCCAAUCCCGACAGCCCUGUCAUGGUUCAAAUCAUGAACGGCGUCCCACCUGCUGAUAUUGUUCCCAGUGGUGCGAUCCAUACUUUGCCUCGAAACCGUGUUGUCGAAGUAUCCAUCCCUGGAUUCGAGCUCGCUGGACCUCAUCCUUUCCACCUGCACGGCCAUGCCUUCAGCGUUGUGAGAAGUGCGGGCAGCAGCACUUACAACUAUGAGAAUCCCGUCCGCCGCGACGUUGUCGACGUUGGAGGUGCAAGCGACAACGUCACCAUUCGCUUCACCACGGAUAACCCAGGACCUUGGUUCUUCCAUUGCCACAUUGAGUUCCACCUCGUCCUUCUCUUACCUUUCGGAUAUAGUGGCCUCGCUAUGGUCUUCAUGGAAGCUCCCAGUGACAUUCCUUCAACCAGCCCACCUCCCCCUUCCUGGAGUGAGCUCUGCCCCAAAUUUGAAAGCCUCCCGGCCUCAGCCACCUCUAUCCAAAUUGUCCCCACUCCUUAA